UUACUGCUUGGAUAAAAUCGGAUCAAGAGGACAGCUUUGUAUAUACCUCAACCAUAAGGAAUAGGUGCCACUUGGAGCUGCCGGGGCAUUGUUACUGCUAAGUGUGCGGAGAGAGGCAGAAGUAUGACCCAAGAGAGGAACAAUGAGCUCCCAACCAUGGAGGACCCACUUCAUGUAGACAACUCCUUUGUGGUUGAUUCUGAGCCCAACAAUCCUUUCACAGACAGAAGUUUGGAUGGCGGUGACUACGAAACAGAAGCAGCGGUCUCUGGAGGUUAUAUUGUGCAGAUGAUUCCCGCAGAAGCUUUUGAAAGCACAGAACAGACGGAGCAUUGUGGCACAGCACUCAUAACUCAGAAGGUAUCAGUUGAAAAGUUUAUAUAGUUAGUAUAUAGACAGUCCAUGAAAUUCAUAA